UGAAAUUCGUACGAGGGAGGUAAUUAGACGCGCGUGUCAACCUCGUUGAAAUCAAAGCCAAAUUAUUUCGAACGACUUCGAAGGAUAGACCUAACAUCGGAUUAUCUGUUUCCAGCUUGUUAAAGAAUAUGGUAACUUAGAUAUAACGUCAAAAAUUUGGACGGAUAUGAAGUAGAGUGUGUGUAUGUGUGAUUUAUAUACUGAGGAAAUAACAAGGGGAUGUCUUAAAUGUUCGAAUUCACCUGCGUCUUGAAUAGGAAUUCAAGAGAAGAAAGAAAAUGGGUGUCCAUGCGUCAGCGACCCGACCCGUAAUUUGGUGGUGUGGAGUGACUCUGCUUUUAGUGCAUUUUCACGAAGUGACAAGUUUGAUUGUACAUGUGCAAUGGAAAGAUAUUCCGUCAACAGAAAGUGAAAUUUUUAACUUGAGUGAAGAUGGAAACUGGAAUCAUAAAUUAGUGAAUUCUAGUUCAAACAGGGGAGAAUCUAUCGUAGAAAUUAGAAAUGGUGCUGUUUUUCUGAAACCUGAUGUUCCGUGUGAUGAAAUUGUAAAUCCAUUUGAAAUCCGGAUUUUAUCCUCGAGAGAUGACGUUAAUGAAACAAUUGUAUCUUUGCUACCAUUGAAAAUCAGUUUAAAAGGCAAGAAUUGUCUCAUCCCAAAACACAGGAAAACUCGUAGAAGGAGGAAGAGAGGUGAAAAAUACCACAUUGUCAUCAAGAGAAAAAAUUAUCAUUUUAACUGGUGCUUUCAAAAACAUGAUGUGCUGCUCAAUUUGGGUGCAUUAUUGCCCUCCACUCUACAGAGUUGUGAAAAAUUAGACUUUCAUUCUAACGAUCAAUUGCCAUAUAUCGAAUUUGACCCGAAAUCCAAGUCAUUCUAUACACUUCAAGAGUUUUGUACACCAUCAUCCAAGUUUUCACUAUCCGGUCAUUUGAGUUUAAAGUGUACCAAAUCAUCACAUUCUGUGACAAUCCCUGUGAAAAUAGUGUUUAAAAAUUUGUUUGAGUUUCAACCAUCAUCCUAUCAGGACCGUAGACCUGUACGAGUUCGCAGACAAGUGAUGAACAAUGCUCCUAAUUUCCCGCAGCCGACGUACUCGGCCACGGUGCAAGAGAAACAGAACCCCGGAUACCACAUUAUCACGGUCACGGCAAUGGACACGGACACCGGUGACAACGGAGUCAUCACUUAUAGUAUGACUGCACAAAACGACCAACGAAGCAAGGACAUGUUCGCAAUUAACCCAGUUACUGGCCUCGUGAAUACCACGGUGAUGCUGGAUCGAGAACUGAUUCCAAGUCACACGUUUGCAAUUAUCGCCUCCGAUAACGGCUUUCCUCAGAUGUCCGCCAUGGCUUUGCUCUACAUUAACGUACUCGAUAUCAAUGACAAUGACCCAAAGUUUGAAAAAACUGUUUACUAUCAGGAAGUGUCCGAAGACCUCCCAGUGUCUUCUACUGUGAUGACAAUAAAGGCGACUGACUCUGAUGAAGGGAAAAACGCUGAGAUUCGAUAUCGCAUUAUUGAGAACCAGCAAUCCUCAACAUUUAUGAUUGAACCUGUCACGGGAACCAUUACAACCCGGGCUCUGCUGGAUCGAGAGAGCAAUGCCUCAUACCGGAUUUUAAUUCAGGCCACGGAUCAGGGUGAUGUGGAGAAUAGAAGGUCAUCUACGACGACUGUCAAUAUUGCAGUGUUGGACGAAAAUGACAACUACCCACAAUUCUCCCAAAGAACUUACAGGGUCAAUGUAUCGGAGGAUUACAACUUCAAUAUCAAUCCUGUCAUCACGAAAGUGACCGCCACUGACAAAGACUUGGACAAUAAUGGACAGAUAUCUUACAACAUCUUUGGAGGGAACACUUACGAUACCUUUAGGAUUGAUGCAGUGACGGGUGAGAUUGCUGUGCAAAAGCAGCUGGACUAUGAGACCACCACCGAGUAUAGGUUAUCCAUUCAAGCUCAGGACCAUGGGGCACCACCGAGGACUAACAGCACCGACGUUAUCAUUAGAGUUGUCGAUGUCAACGACAAUCCACCAGUGUUCCAUGCAGCACCAUACCGUGGCACUGUGGCGGAGAAUGCUGCCAUAAAUAGCACAGUGGUUGCAGUCCAGGCACAGGAUCGAGACGACGGAUUGAAUUCCCAGUUGGUGUACUCCAUUGUUAACCCAGAUGAGGAUUUGCCAUUUUGGAUUGAUUCUGCAACAGGAGAUGUUAAGGUGAAGUCCAAGUUGGACAGAGAACAGCAUGAGACUUAUAGUUUUGUGGUGAUGGCUAAGGACAGGGGGGCACCAGCACAAUCGGACACUACAAGUGUCUUUGUGACAGUACGAGACAUAAAUGAUAAUGCUCCCGAAUUUUCUCAGAAAAUUUACAAUCAGUCAGUUUCGGAAUCGACUGCCGUGACAACCCGAAUCCUCAGUGUCACGGCGACAGAUCUUGACAGCAACGACAACGCGUACAUCACAUACUCCAUAGCCAGUGGCAACGCUAACAACGUUUUUCAGAUCAGCACGAUAAAUGGGGAGGGCAUGAUCUCUCUGCAAAAACAGCUUAACUUUAAGGAACACUCCCAGUACCAGCUGGAGGUCAGGGCCACUGACCUCGGCGGCCUCCAUGACACAGCUCAGGUCAGGAUUUACGUCCUUGACACCAACAAAUAUAGACCCCAGUUCCAGCACACACCGUACAAGAUUGAGGUCAGGGAGAAUGUGCCGGUUGGGUCAUCUAUUUACCAGGUUAUGGCAGUGGACCGAGAUGUGGGGGAGAAUGGAAGGGUCAGCUACCGGCUUGGGCAAGGAACUAGCAGCUUUGAUAUCGACGAAAAUACGGGAGAUAUUAAAACUCGAGUGAAAUUGGACAGAGAGACGACAGAGAGCAUGUCAUUUGCGGUGGAAGCACAUGACCACGGACAACCAUCUUUAUCGGACGUUGUCAUGGUUUCAGUGAUUAUAAUGGAUGAAAAUGACAACGUUCCACGUUUUACUCAAGAGAACUUCACAGGCAGUGUUUUGGAAAAUGUUAAUUUGGACAAGAGUGUGAUGCAGAUCUCUGCAGUUGAUGAGGACAAAGGUAACAACGCGAAAAUUUCCUACAGUCUCGUCCACUCAGUCGACCCGCCCAGUGAUGAUUUCCUCAUUGACUCUGUGUCAGGAGUGAUCAGGGUUGCUAAGAAGCUUGAUCGUGAGAAAAUACCAGUGUACAACUUGAAAGCUAUGGCUACUGAUGGCGGUGUGCCUUCAAGAUCUUCGACUGUUGGAGUCAAGAUAAAGAUCGGAGAUGUAAACGAUAAUCCACCAAAGUUCCCAUCGAAAGAAAUUGAAAUAAGAGUGCCCGAAAAAACACCGAUUGGUUCUGUGUUGAUGAAAAUUUCAGCCUCUGAUCCUGAUGAAGGUGAGAAUGCAGUCGUGGAAUAUGAGAAAAUCCCUGGGCUUGAUGCUGAUAAAUUCGAUCUGAGUUACAGACCGGGUGAACCUGCUGUCCUAAGAAGUCGUGUGGACUUCGAUUACGAAGAAGGACCCCGGAAAUUCUAUGUCAGAAUUUAUGCACGAUCGAAACCCUUUUUUGAAGAUGCCACCUUGAUCAUCUCUAUACAAGACAUCAACGACAACAAACCAAUUCUUAAGGACUUUUCCAUCAUAUUCAAUAAUUUUGAGGAAAAUUUUAUUACCAGUCCGAUUGGCCGAAUUCCUGCAUCCGAUCUGGAUGAGAUUGAUCGAAACAAACUGAGAUACGAGAUCUUGGGAGGAAAUGAGGCACAUUUUCUGGACCUCAACACUUCAACAGGGGAGCUUACUCUUGAUUAUCGCCUGAAUUCUGAUGUGCCACGGAAUGGGACCAUCCAGGUCAAAGUAUCAGAUGGAAUAAAUGAGAAGAGAGCUACAUGCCGGUUGUAUGUCCGCCUGGUGACAAAAGAAAUGUUGGAGAAAAGCGUGACAAUACGCCUGAACAACAUUACUCAGAGCACGUUUCUCUCGCCCCUGUACAAAUUCUUUGUUGAUGCACUGGCAUCAGUUCUGAAAACGGAGGAAAAGAAUAUUUACGUUAUCAAUGUAGAGAACGACACAGACGUGUCUACGACGGUUCUGAACGUCAGUGUUGCCGUACGGAAGGCAGACGGAUCGUUUUAUGAUUCUGAGGUUCUGCAGGAGCAGAUUUAUCUCCAAAGAAUCCGACUGGCGGAACUGUCAACACUACAGGUCCUGCCAUUUGAAGACAAUAUAUGCAUUCGUGAGUUCUGUGAAAAUUUUGAACACUGCAUCUUCUAUGUGAAGUUCGGUCGUCCCCGGCCCUUCAUCUUCUCGGACAUGAUGCUAUUCCGCCCGAUUCACCCAGUGAACAGUUUCAGAUGUGAAUGCCCAGCUGGAUACUCAAUGACCAAAGGGAAUUACUGCGAUAUGGAGAUAGAUACCUGUUACAGCAGUCCUUGUAAGAAUGGAGGAGUGUGCAAGCGGAAGGAGGGGGGAUACACCUGUCUGUGUGCUCCAAAUUUCUCAGGGGAGUCGUGCGAGAUAAAUACCAGCCAGCAAUUUAAUGUGUUAACCUGCCCCCAGAAUCUCUGUGAACCUCCAUCACAGUGUGAAGCGAACAAAAACUCUGGGGGAUUUCAUUGUAAGGGCUGUCCCUCCCAACCUCACUAUAACCGGUACUGUCAGCUGACCACCCGGAGGUUUUCCAUUGGCUCUUACCUCACCUUCCCAGCAUUCAAGAGGAGAUUCAGAUUUAACAUUCAACUCAAAUUUGCUACUCAGAGAAAAGAUGGGUUGCUGUUUUACAACGGUCGAUUCAAUGACAGGAAUGACUUUAUGGCUCUAGAAAUCGUUGACGGUCAACUUCAGUUCUCCUUCAGUACGGGAACCAAUAAAACAUCUGUAAGGUCAAAGGUCGAAGGAGGUGUGUCCAAUGGAGAGUGGCAGUUUGUUCAAGUGGAUUAUAUCAACAGGACGGUCAUUCUAUCUGUUGGGGAGGAGUGUGAUACACAGAUCGCGGUCAAGUACGGCCACCUGAUCACUGACCAUCCUUGUGCUGUGCAGACCACAUUGGAAAUUCCGGACAUAUGUUUCACUAAUGCCAUUCCCAAGGUACAGUGUCCAAAGUUCCUGGACCUGAAUGGACCAUUACAAAUUGGAGGUCUCCCAAAUCUCCAGUCAGAUUUCCAGAUAGAGAAUCGUAACUACAAGGGCUGCAUCAAGGACAUAUACGUGGAUCACAAACUUCUGGACCUGAACAAGUUUGUCUUGAACCAAGGAACGGUGGCUGGGUGUGCUGAGAAAACCAACCAGUGCAUAUCUGGGCCAUGCAAACAUGGAGGCACUUGUCAUGAUCGCUGGGGGACCUACUUCUGUGAGUGUCCUGACCGAGCCGGGGGUAAAGACUGCAGCCAGGUGAUAGACACGCCCGUGCGACUGGAGGGGAACGGGUUCCUGCUGUACACGGAGAACUCGCUGACCAGCAGAACGAUCCUAUACACCUGGUACAAUGGCAUCUCCUUCAGGACACGGGCCAGUACCGGGGUCCUGAUGUACAUCACAAUCAGUGAAGGCUACACCGUAAAGCUGGAGCUGGUUGAAGGCUAUGCUCACUACGGAGUAAGUGGAGUAAAUGGAACAUUCGCAUUUGAUUACUUGCCUGUUAAUGAUGGUAAAUGGCACUACUUAGAAAUCAGGUGGCCAAAAGUAGGGGAGAUCAUUCUGGUGAUGGAUUAUGGCUACUGGCAGAAGAAAGAGACGAUCUCUGUUGUCCUCAGCAACAAGUUGAUAGAGAGAGUGUAUGUAGGAGCAGAGAGGGAGAACGAUGGCCCAAUAAGCAAUGGAUUCGUUGGAUGUGUAGAGAACGUGAUUGUCGGAAACACCAACACGGCCCUGUUAUCUCGACCCUCUCAGAGCAACACCUUCCCAGGAUGCACCAUUCCCAGUGCCUGUAAAGACAACCACUGUGCAACAGGAGCAACCUGUGUGGACCUGUGGGGGAAGCAUGAGUGCAUCUGUCCCAAAGGUACGCUGGGACCCCAGUGUAAGGACAUCUGUAGAAACUAUAAUCCCUGUCACUUCGCAGCCAUUUGUCACGGUCCGACCUUUAACCCCAGCUCUCAGUCCGGUUACACUUGUAAGUGUGGACAGCUUCAGAGUGGGCGGUACUGUGAGUAUGUGUCCACUCAACCGUGCGAAAAUGGGUGGUACGGUUUCCCCGUAUGUGGCCCCUGCAACUGUUCUUACGAACUGGGAUUUGAUACCAAGUGUAACAAGACUGAUGGAACAUGCUCGUGUCAGGAAAACUACUAUCGACCAAUCGGAAGCGACCACUGUUACCCAUGUGACUGUUACAAGUACGGGUCUACAUCGAUAUACUGCGACAAGGUCACGGGACAGUGUCCGUGUAAGAAGAACGUGGUGGGCAGGAAAUGUGACCAGUGUGAAAACAUAUACGCCCACAUCUCCUGGAAUCCAAACGACGAUCUCGGAUGUCUAGUCACCAACAGCAUGUGUCCGCGUCAGUUCUAUAAGAUCAUGUGGUGGGAAGCCAAGACCUUCAUGGAGACUGGUUAUGUGACUACCGUACAGGACUGUCCUUUUGGUGCUGUCGGCGAUGCUAAGAGGAACUGUUCUAAGUCUGAGCUGUGGUCGGAGCCUGAUCUGUUUAACUGUACCAACAAGGACUUUGUCAGCUUAGAAUCCCAGAUUGAUCAGAUUGAGAGAAAGACGCUGAAUAUAACGACUUUUGUUGCAAAGACUUUGGCCUCCAAACUGGCGAGCGCCACUUCCUCCGUUAGGGUUUUGUUUGGGAAUGACAUCAACAUUACGUACAGAAUUGUCACUCAGCUGCUCAAGUACGAGAACAAACAGUCGGGACUCAGUCUGACUGUGGAGCAGGAUAGCAAAUUCUUACAGCACUUGCUGGAUUCCCUGAGUACGGCCCUGGACCCGCGCUAUGUUUUUGAAUGGAGUCAAAUUAACCAGAAGUCAGGUGGUAUCGCGGAGAUUUUUUAUCGCCUGGAAAUUUUCUUGGAUCUUCUGACUAGGAACAUGGAUAGAAUGCAGAAAAAUCCAUACAGAGUAAUCUCAAAGCAUAUAGUUUUAAGUGUGGAUGUCUUAACAUCCAGCAACACGAGUGGACUGAAGAUUCCUAAAUUCGACAACAUUGUUCCGGUGCCAACCUUUGAUGACUCGACCCAUGUUGAGCUGCCCUCCUCCAUCAGCCCCUCAGUUGCCGAGUACAUCCAGCAAGUGAUGUCCCCGGGGUCAGACAAGUUUUAUGUGUCCUACAUGAUGUUUGAUACACUAGGUGCCCUGUUACCAGCCGUCCCAAGUAACCUCCAUAGCAGUGUCGUUCAGAACCCAGGCCGGGCUCUAGCGGUGAAUGGGCCAGUGUUCAGCCUGCUGAUGAGGGAUCGAGGUUGUGCUAUAAAGACGGGAUUCUCCGAGCCUCUCAAGUUCCACUUUAAACAGAAGGUCAAGGCCAAUCGAACAAGUCCCCAGUGUGUGUACUGGAAAACCAAGACAAACAGCGUCUGUAACCUGACGGACUCCAAUGAUGCUAACAGCUACCGUGGACAGUGGUCAAGUGAAGGUUGCACGGUGGACAGGCGAUAUGAAAUAGAGAUCUCAAGUGAAGGGUCAGAGGUCCUUAAGGACAUGUAUGUGGUUUGCUCCUGCAGUCACAUGACAUCGUUCUCGGUUGUCAUGGAGGUGGCAAAUUCAGAAUACGUGGCUAAGGCUGUGAUAUCCCUGACUGUCUUCAGCUUUGUGGGGAUCGGUAUCUCGCUUUUUUGUCUGUUUCUGGCCUUCGUAAUCUUCUGCUCCUUCAAACGCCUGCAGUGUAAUGCCAAUAGUAUUCUGAUCAACCUGGUGUUCACGCUGUUUCUGGCCGAGCUAGCUUUCAUCACUGGAGUUUAUCGAGUUUACGAGAAGCCGCCAGUGAUCUGUCGUUUGGUAGCCAUUUGUCUCCACUACUUCUACCUGGCAGCCUUUAGCUGGCUGUUCGUCGAGAUGUUACAUUUGUACCGGCGCCUGAUAGAAAUCCGGGACAUCAACUACGGCACUAUGAAGUUUUAUUAUCUCCUCGGAUAUGUAAUUCCAGGAAUCAUUGUUGGUUUGUCUGUUGGACUGUACACUGAUGGAUAUGGAAACGCUUCCUUCUGCUGGAUGGACAUCACAGAGCCGUUUAUCUGGAGUUUUGCCGGCCCGGUGGCGUUUAUUAUCCCAGCCAUCAUCUUUAUGUUCAUCCUGGCCCUCCAUUCCAGUUGUCAGGAGAAGGUCAACGUUUCUGACAUCACAGCUUUCAGAGCCCGGAUUUUCUCUGGUGUGAUACUACUGCUGCUGCUCGGGAUUUCUUGGAUUUUGGGACUACUUUCUGUGAACUAUGACCUCCAGCCAUUACAUUAUGUCUACGCAGCUUUCACCUUCCUCAAAGGAGCAUUUGUGUUCCUGGCUUACGUUGUUGGAGACAAGAAGGUCCGCUACAACCUGAAGAAGCAGUGGUACAAAAUGCAGGGAAAGAAACUGGAUCCAGAUGACUCAAUAGUGGGCAGCAGGCCUUCUAUAACAAGGUCAGCCCUAGCGUACAGACGAGAUUCAUCCAUUGAUGGCUACAUCAACAGAACCAAUGUUGGGAUCUCCACCACCUCCACCACUUCUAGAUCCACCAGCAAGAGCAGUGGAGGGCUGUACAAGGGAGACGACUACCUACGCAGCACUGACACGUCUACCUCCGGCCACGCCCCCUCCUAUGCUUACGAUAACUCUUACCACCAAAAGUCUGCAGAAGAAGGAGAAGUACCUGAAAGAAGAAGCCGUCGUAAACACAGAAAUCACGACUCGGACACUGAGAGUGACGUUUCUGUAGGACAAGCCAGCAUUGAGCUGGCCUCCAGUCACUCCUCUGAUGAAGAUGAUGAAUUUGAUAUUGGACCAUCAUGGGAGAAACAGUUGCCAAAGAAUAAAAAGAUAGAGGAGGCAAAAGAACAGAUGAAAAGGAAGCGAGAACAAGAUCAGCAGACUCACCAGAAAGACUCAGAACAGCAACAGAACCAGCAGAAUCUCAAACAUCUACACAGUUCACACUCAGGUCAAGGUCCCCCUCUAUACACCUCUCUUCCAAAUUACGGGCACUGGCCUGGUGACCCCAAUUUGUCAGGAUUCCACAUGAGUGAAUCUGACUAUCAGCAAACCGUAUCCAGCAAUCCACCAGAUGUUACACUGCCAGCACAGCAGGAGUUACAAGACGAUAUAAACCAGAAUCAUCUCCCUGGAGGAGGUCCACCACUCUCAGGAAGUGCGAUGAGGAACAAUUUGUUAGGCGCCAUCCAGUUAAAGCGCAGGUCUAGCAAUCCAUCAGAGGAAAAAUUCGACCCGACAAAGAGCAUCCCCAACCUGUCGUAUCAAGGUCCAAAAGAGGAACCGGAACCCUCCACGAGCCGAGCGGCCCCUCCCCCGGCUCCUCCCCCUGAUGAAGAUACGGGCGGUGAUCCGAUGAAAAAUCUCUUAGGAGCAAUCCAGCUAAAGAAACCAGAAACAGAUUUCAUAGAGGAAACGUUUGAUCCAACGAAAAGUAUCCCGAAUCUGUCGUAUCAGAGUCCAGUUGAGGAACCAGUUGAAGAUGUAGGGAUGGAUAAUGAAGACGUGGAGGAAGCGCCAAUGCCGCUCUCCUACGAUGACUCGUUUGUCUCAUCAAGAUCAGCAAGGGUAAUGAAUAACCAGAGUUCCAAGGAAUAUACCCCACCCAAAAAAUCUCACACAAAGUCCAAGUCUAAACUGGCAAGAAAUAGCCAGACGCAGACCCAGGAUCCCCCUAGUUUGACAUCUUUACUUAGCGCCGCACAACCAGAAAGAAAAUCGAGUCUUCGUGCGAGUUCGAAUGCUGGUGUGGACAGCAGCGUGAACCUAGUAAGACCAAGCCUGGUGAAGUUCAGUCAACAUACACAAGAAUAUCCCAUUGAGUCGCUUAGAGACUCAAGGUCAGGGGAGAGCACACGAGGUGGUGGAGGAUUCGAGGAGGAGACCAUUAUAUCAUCACACCAAGUUCAGACCCGAGAGGACCUGGAUCUCAGAGGUCAGGGUAGACGUGAUGCCCGUCCACUCAUUAAAGUCAACGAGGACAACACGAUGAGCCCUGUCAAAUUCAAGCACGAGUUAAAUGAUAUCAUGAGAGCUACGUCCGAUGACUACUUGCCCAACUUACCACGUGAAUUGCAGAGCUUCAUGGAUAAAUUCCAUGAUGUCCCGCUGAACAAAGUGAUGCACUUUGCCGAGACUGGUUCUUACAUCAGAGAGAGCUACUUGACCAGCAAUAUAUGUGAUAUUCGCGUUCACGUGGGGAAGGACACCUAUCCCGCCCACCGAAUCGUACUGGCUUGCUUUAGUCCUUACUUAGCUUCUGUUUUAGAACACGAAAACCCAUUGAAACAUAAAAAGCCUAAAGACAUUCGGAUAUCGGGGGUUUCCGAACGGUCUGUUAAAGUUCUUUUGAACUACAUAUACACUGGUGAACUACGAAUGGAAACCGUCCUUAUUCCUGAUAUCAUCAAACUAGCUGACAAGUUCGACGUUUCGGUCGUUAGGCAAAAAUGUUUCGAUCACAUAGAUGUUUUGACCGAUGAUGAACUUGUGGCCUUGCUUUCCGUCAUGAAAGACACACACGAUGUGGAGUACUGCGAUUUCAUCAUGAGAAGUAUUUCCUCGAAAUUCAUGCGAGUGAAAGAUUGCAAAACGUUCCUGCAGCUAGAUGUCGACACGCUUUGCUUGAUUCUGACACAUGGCGCGCUGCUUCUGCGCAGUGAGAUGGAUAUUUUCUAUUCGUGCUUGAACUGGCUGCAGAAUGUUGAUGCAAAUGAGCGAUGUAACUACUUGGACCGGGUGAUGGAGUGCGUUCGGUUUCCUCUUAUGAACCACGCCGAGCUGUACGAAUGUGUGGAGCGCUGCAGUCUCUUGAAAUCAAGUACAACUUGCAUGCAGAGGAUUCACGAAGCAAACUGGCUGAUGACGAUGUCGAUGCUGCAUAAACAGGACCCGCUUCGUCUGAGUGUCCCCACACACAGAAAUAAUGUCAAUUCCAGCGCCAGUGUCAGCGAUUACCUCACCAGGACAUGCAGUAGAGUCAAGUCUGACGUCACUGUAGAGGUCGGGAGAGAGAGUUGUUCUCCGAGAUAUCACAGUGACCCAGGGAUGUCGAGGAUUAGAACUUCCCCCUCCCCCUCACACGGGAGUCCCCGAAACAACAACGCAGAGUGUGCGAGUGAAGUUAGUAUUUAUAAAGAAGACCAAAUAUAUCCAGCCAAUCAAAUGAUAUCUGGUACGCAUUCAUCCAAUCAGAUGUCAGAACAGGAAAAAUUCACGUGUGGAAAGAAUGUUUCUUCAACGAAAAACAGUGAAUCGGACGAUUUCAGUGGACGUAUUUCCUCUUGUGACAGUCAAUCUACUUUGGCGGAUACAUGUACCACGUCGGAGGGUCAGAGGUCACCAGGUGGAUCCACGUCAUCAAAGAAGCGUUCGAAAUAUAAAGAUUCCGAACAUAAAGUUUCAAAACAGGACCCUAGCCGUAACCACUCUGUUGUUUUCCACAAACAACGCAUGUAUAUAAUAGGUGGGUGUGAUACAAAACACGGGGUGUCAUCCCCCCGCAGAGGUGUUCUGAUGUAUGAGAGGAGGAGUCGGACAUGGAAACCGCUGGCACCUUUACGUAUCGCCCGGAUGUACCAUUGUCUGUGUGUACUGAACGAUCAGAUAUACGCUAUAGGCGGGAUAGGCGAGGAGAACAGCAUUCUUAAUACGGUGGAAUGUUAUGACCCAUCCUCAAACUGUUGGUUUUUUGUGAAGGCAUUAAAGGAAGCGCGAAUGGGCGCAUGCGCAUCCGAAUGUGGUGGACAAUUGUUUGUUGCUGGCGGAUAUGGAAAUGAUGUGGAUGAAUCGGGGCAUUUUCCGGUUUUAGACAGCAUGGAGUGUUUUGACCCCCAUAUGAAUAAAUGGACUUUAAAGAGAAACCUGCGAUACGGACGUUCUUAUGCCAGCCUUGUGUCUGUUGGUCAGUCUUUGUACUUGAGUGGAGGUUUGGCACUGGAAGGGUCAUCACGUGACCACUGUCUUGCAAGUGUAAAUGACGUGGAUGAGUAUGACGUCAAUAAUGACACCUGGGUUUGGAAGAAGUGCUUGCUCACAAAGCGACAUAGUGCCGGGUGUUUUGAGUCAGGUGGCAAGAUAUACAUAUUUGGCGGGAUCUCGUCACAGCUUGGCCACACCCUCAAUGACGUGGAGUGUUUUAACCCCCAGAAAAACUCCGUCUUCACGCCGACGAAAUACCCCUUUCAAGUUCAUUGGAUCAAACGUAUCGCAUUAGGACAUUGAUACAUGUAUCAAUUCGAGUCCAACGAGUACUACUAUAAGCAUCAGAUAACGGAGAAAAUUGUGAAUAACAUUUAAUAUACUAUAGUAUAAUGAACGUAAGAAUAAACAUUGUAUUGAAAGAAAUAAAUUCUGAUAUUGCU